AUGGGGCCUCGAUUUACGUAUUUUUUUUUUAAAAAGAAGUUUGAACAACAUAUUGACCAAGAUGUUGAAUUGGGAGGAACCAUUACGUUUGGAGGAGUGGAUCCCACCCUUCACAAUGGCCCUGUAUACUACACAAACAUACACAAACCAUGGUACUAUAAGGUGGUCAUGGUUGAUAAAUCUCCCAAUGCUCCCCCGCUCAGUCUUGGUUUUUGGAAUGGAGGCAUAGACUUAUGCUACAAAGAUGGAGCUAUUCCUUUCAACAUAUUUCCAUUUGUAGCCUUAGAGUUUGCCGAGAAUGAACAACAGUCUUUCAAAAUCAUUGUAGCUCCACAGCAGUACAUUAAAUCUGUUGGGAAAAAAGAUGACAACAACCCAGAUGAAAUAUGUUUCAAGCUUGGUAUUGCAAACUCCACAUCAGGCACAGUGAUAGGAGCAGUGAUAAUGGAGGGGUUUUAUGUGGUCUUUGAUCGACAAAACAAAAGAAUUGGGUUUUCCGACACAACAUGUCCUGCAGUGGCCCAGAUGUAUAACAAAUCACAUGUGUCUGGUCCUCACAAAUUUUCAGGUUCGGUUGAAAACUGUGCCUAUGCCAAACCAGAGAAAUCCAACCAAACCCUGGUCACCGUGGCGUACGUAUUAGCGGGGAUCUGUGGAGCCUGUAUUCUGCCUUUGUUUAUUCUCUUUAUUCAGUAUCAAUGGCGGAGUCAAAGUGUUACGACAAAAUGAAGAGACAGAAUUCUGAUGGAGAUUCUAAUGAUUUAAUUGAUGAACCAAACAUUAUGCACGAUUCUUAAUUAGAUGAUUUUGUCAUGAUAGCUUCUUCUAGUGAUGGGGGUUAAAUUUGUCUGUGGUAGAAAAUAACUAGAUAUUCUUUUUACAGGUGAAUAAUUAUUUUUAGAAUUGUAGUGGGAAGUGUUUUGCUUAAUUUUAUUUAAAAAGUUACUACAAUAUUCUGUAUUAAUCAUGUGUAUAUCCAUGCCAUCUUCAAGGUAUGUAUAGAAAUUUAGAUCCUAUUUGUAGAUGUCUGAUGCUAUAAUAAAAAAAAAUUCAUGUAGGCUAACGCACAAGGCAUAAUAUGGCUGUUUUGUUCAUAUACUAUUAGUUUGACUAAAUAUAUUUCAAUGGGGCACUAACAAUUUAUUAUAUUCAUUUUUUUGUAUGUGGAACAGAAAUGUUUGAAUACGUAAUGCCUGAUUUUAAAGAUUAUUGUUUGAUUUUAGUAACUCUAUAAUCUUUACUAAGACUUACUUAGUUUUGAUACAAAAUAAAUUUGUUCAAUCUGGUGAAAGAUUCAUAUUAACAAUGGUUGUAUAUGCUCUGAAUCAUGAAAAGUUGUAAUAAAUGAAUAUUUAAUGUCGACUCAUCUACUUGAUUUCCCUGUUAACUCUAUUAUAAAUGAAGUUUACAAACUGUUACCCAGUAUAUCUACUAGCCAUGUUAAAAAGUUUUUAAUGGUUUGUUUAUCUAUCAAGACAUUUUAUGUUGUUUUUUUUUUAUAUUUGAUUUCAGAUUAAACUGCUGAUGUCAUUGUUAUUAUGUUUAUGUGCAUGCAUCCAUAUUUGUCAUCAAACAUUUUUAUUCUCUUUAUUGUUAAAAAUGUAGAGCAUAUUUAUGGAAGUUAAUUAUUUUUUUAUAGGCAGCUACAGAUACUAAGCAUUGUUUGUGUAUGAGUAAAGCAGGACAUUGUUUGGGGCUCAAAGGAUUUAGAAUUAGAGUGGUGUAAACUGGUACUGUAGCCGAGCUAAAA